AUGGCUGCCGGGAAGUUGCUGCUCUACGCCGGGCUCUGUCUCUCUCUUUGCGCCCUGGGCAUGCUGGCCGUGGCGAUGUGCUCCGACCACUGGUACGAGACCGACGCCAGGAGGUACCGGGAGCGGUGCCGAAGCUUUUCCAGCCGCCGCAAGGACCCGGGCUUCAUCUACAUCCCCAACAACAGCCUGCCGCUGCGGGCCGGCCGGAGCAGCCCGCCCCGCUGGGAGGAGAAGCUGCUGCUGGCCCGCAGCCGGCGGCAGCUGUUCGCCAUGAGCGCCGCGGAUGAGUGCAGCAGGCAGUACAACUCCACCAACAUGGGGCUGUGGAGGAAGUGCCAUCGGCUGGGCUUCGACCAAGACAUCGAAGACCUCAUGCGGAAAGGUUCCAUUGCGAGGUGCUCCUACAUCAAAUAUCACUACUCCUCGGCUACGAUACCCAAAAACCUCUCCUACAACAUCACCAGGACAAUAAGGCAGGAUGAGUGGCACUCCCUCCACUUGCGGCGGAUGACGGCAGGCUUCAUGGGCAUGGCGGUGGCCAUCAUCCUGUUCGGCUGGGUCAUCGGUGUGCUCGGCUGCUGCUGGGACAGAGGCCUCAUGCAGUAUGUGGCUGGCCUCCUCUUCCUCAUGGGAGGAACCUUCUGCAUCAUCUCCCUCUGCACCUGCGUUGCCGGCAUCAACUUCGAGCUGUCCCGCUACCCGCGCUACCUGUACGGCCUGCCGGACGACAUCGGCCACGGCUACGGCUGGUCCAUGUUCUGCGCCUGGGGAGGCCUGGGCCUCACCCUCAUCGCUGGCUUCUUCUGCACCCUGGCCCCCUCCGUCCAGCCCAUACCCCGCUCCACCUGCCCCAAGUCCCGGCAGGAAAACGGCACCCUCUGCUAAAGCCGGCGGGCCGCCAGACCCAAAGCCACAGAUAUACCGCUACAAACAGAAAA